AGGGCGAUGGCGCGCAUCACGCUGGAAGACCUGGACAGGCUGGGCGACGAGGAGGAGGAGGGCGAGGAGGAAGGGGGGGAGGACGAGGAGGACGAGGAGGAGCGGGGCCGGCUGUUCGCGCACUGGGAGGCCGUGGCCAGCACGCACCGGGUGAACCUGCCCCGAGACAUGGCGGGCCCCAUCGUCCAGAUGAACCGGCACAGACAGACGCGGGAGGCCGUGCCCCACGUCGCCCUGUCGCAGCACGGCAAGCCUCCUGUGUCAGCAGGGCCCGUCUCCCCGCUUCCCGCUGAUGUGCCCUUGUCCUGUGGCCUGUUUCAGUGCGAGGAAGCGGCCUACGAGGAGCGGCAGUACCCAGCUGGGAAGUGGGCCUGUGUCACCAAGGGUGAGCCCCUGUAUGAGCAGAGCAUCUCCCUGAGCUUCAUGAAGCUCAUGCGCUACAUCUGCAAGGAGAACUCUGUAGGUUGCUAUCUGGGCAUGACCGUCCCGGUGCUCAAUGAAAUCCACCUGACCAAGGAGGGGACCGAGCUGGAGCGCGAGGUGCUCACUGCCUACUACAUCCCAGGAGAGUUCCAGCAAAACCCUCCUGCCCCCAUGGACCCCGAAAUCCACAUCACCGAGAGGGCACCUCUCCGGGUGAUAACCAGGGUGUUCUAUGGGGUGACCACCGAGGAGACCAUUCUGCGGGAGAUCUCUCUCUUCUGGGAGCUCCUGGGUUCCACGGACACUGUGCUGCAGGAAACCUACAUCGUGGCCGUCUAUGAAAACCCCAGCAUCCCUCAGCGGCGCAACGAGAUCUGGUUCAUCCGUCGGGCAGAGUGAGGCCCCGCUGCUGUGCUGCGCUGCGCUUGGCGAGCUCUGACCUGGAGGAGACGGCCACGCGCCCUCACCCACCGCUCACCCACACACCCAGCUGGGGCACCCAGCCGGCACGCCGCACCAGGCGGUGACUGAGGGCUCGCCCGGCUGCGCU